CGAACGAAUCCCUCACAGUCAGUUUUUGCCUUUGAUACGCGAUGGACGACGCCAGUCGUGUCGCGAUGCACGAGUGUGUCAUGUGACACGGAGAACGAACAGUAGACUUCUGUGUCGCCGCUCCACGAUUGACGUAGGCCGAUAUACACGAGAGAUUUUGACUAACACACGGGUAGAAGAGGGAGGACAGAAAAGAUACAGGAAAGGAGGAACGAAGGGUGUGCGUGAGUGUGUGCGAGUGAGAGUGUAUGCGUGACUUUCGUUUGUAUGCGUUACAUUCAUUUGUACAUAUGUACUUGCGCGCGUGCAAGUGUUUUCCAUGAUCAUACACAGUAAGAGUCAUAUGUGUAGCCGUUGUUUCCAUCUACUGACGGAUUCCCUUCCCGUCCAAUUUCGGAACUUUGUACAAAAAGUCGUUCCAUCAGAACGCGCACAAUUAUGUUACGGAUUCGAUACGGCAAAAGCAACAACGACAUUGCCGUUAUCGCUAUCCACAACAAACCCAGUAACCCCGCAACGUUCAACCGAGACGGGAUCGUAUAUUUUACGAACGGUUGAGAGAGACAGACCGCCGGUUAUUUCGCCCGCCGCUAACUCAGCCGAGACAGUUGGCUUCGCGGGUUGCCCAUGAUCGUUACUAGGUCGUAGGAAUGAGGAAAAGGAUUUUCGCGUGGGACUCGUGGUGGUGGUUAAUCGUUCUUCUCAUUACGGUGCACGUGACGGGUACACAGGAUCUCCUGUCGCAGGAUCGCUUGUCGACACCUGCCAAGGAAAAGAGAGGGUUGCCGUCUUCGCGAGUAGAAUGUGCCACGGGUUGCGAGUGUCUAGCCAACGGGGAGAGUUUAUUGUGUCAGGAGCGAAGCUUCCUAGGACUAGGCUUGCCCAGUCAAGCGAUAAGCGUAGUGCUGAGAAACGUCAGAGCCGCGGCUCUAACAGUUUCCGCCCUCGAAACCGCGGUACACUUGAAGAGCCUUGCCUGGACAUCGAGCGGGAUCGAGAAGAUAGAAUCCGGCGUAUUCGUCGGUACAACGUUCCUCGAGCAUCUCGACUUAGGUGACAAUAGGAUAACGGAAUUAUCUCCGAACGUCUUCCAUCCGUUGCACCAACUACAGUACCUGAACCUAACUGGAAACCGGCUGAACACACUCCCAGGAAUUCUGUUCCAAGGUUUGGACAGGCUCGAGGAGAUCGGCUUGUCGCGAAACAGACUCAAAGUACUUCCGUAUCAAAUGUUCGGUGCGAGUAAGUCAUUGACGCGCUUGGACCUGUCCGGCAAUUUGUUGGUGGCCUUGCCAGAUUACAGCUUUAGACCCAAUGUACAGCUCCAGGAAUUGCGCUUGUCUGCGAAUAGACUGAAAAACAUCCCGCCCCGUUUGUUCUCUGGUCUGAACAACCUGAAGAUCUUGAAACUGGCGAACAACGAAAUCGAUCUAAUCCCGCACGGCCUUUUCGCCGACCUCGUGUCCUUGCAGUACCUCGAUCUAUCUGGGAAUCCUAUCGAACAUUUCAACAGCAUAGCGUUCCAAAAUCUUGGCAACUUAAAAUGGCUCAGUCUAGAGAAUCUGCCGAUCAGGGUGCUACCACGAGACGUAUGGCGACCAGUAAGAAAUUUACAAACCCUGUUGCUUUCCGGCACGAAACUGGAGGUGCUCCAUAACGGAGACUUGAAGGGACUAGAACAAUUGGAGACACUCGAGAUGAGUAACAGUCCGCUACGCGAAAUCUCGCGAUGCACCUUAGAUCGCACUUUGGCGCUUCGCAAGAUUGAUUUACGCGACAGCAAUCUGACCUUCCUUCCGGCAAACGUGGCGCAGCUGACGUCUCUGAACGAGCUGCAGCUGCAGGGCAACCCAUGGGCCUGCGAUUGCCGUAUGUUCUGGUUCGUCAAAUGGGCCGAGAGCAAAGAGCACUUGCGUACCGCUUUUCAAAGCGGGUUCAGAUGCGGCGCCGAUAUCGACGAUACUGGCGACAUGCUUCAAACUCUUCGUUACUUGAAAUGUACACGGCCGAAUUUGAUAUAUGCUACGCCCACGCAACAAUAUCUUUUAUUAAGCCCAGUACUGCUCGAGUGCGAAUUCAGCGGCAAUCCAACGCCAUCGUUAACAUGGGUUACGCCUAAACUUCAGGUACUGCAUUGGAAUCCUGACCCAGCUUUUCCCGAUGCUUUUGUCGAACAUCCUUCUGUACACAAAUGGGAACAAAGUGUACCGUUCGUUGAUGAUGGUCGCAUACGCAUCCUCGAGAAUGGAUCUUUGUACAUCACGACAUUGCUCAGGCAGGAUGUUGGACAAUACAGGUGUUUCGCAGUGAAUCCGAUUGCCAAUGCCACUACCUAUAUUAGUUUGCAGAUGAAUCCAAUAACAUUACAAAAAAUCAACAUCAUCAGCAUACUGGUUGGCGCUGCCAGCGCGACGGCCUUUCUUCUCUUCACGCUCUUCUUCCAACUGUUUCGUUACAUCCUGAUCAAGUGUGGCUGUUGGAAAUGGUGUACGUGCUGUAGACACGUCGGCUCCACCCCCAGGGCGAAACAAAUCUAUCAAAUGUUGGACAAUAUCGAGCAGUACAAGAGUCAACAAUUGGAGAGGCUGCGAGAGAAUUACACUCAGCAAGUGCACAGAAUAAAGGAGAAUUGCGUACAACAGGUGGAAUGGAUUCGCGAAAGUUACGAGGAUCAAAUGCAGCACAUCAGGGAUAUAAGGGACUACGGAACGAGUCACCUUACCGCGCUUAGAGAUCAGUAUUACGAUCAGGUGAGGAAAGUACGGGAUUACUCGACUACCCAGCUGAAUUGGGUGCGAGAAAACUAUGUCUUCCAGCGUAACAAGAUAAGGAAGUUCAGCGCUCAUCAGGUGUUGCGGUUACGCGAGAGUUAUAAAUAUCAGCAACAAACGCUGAACAAAGUGCUGGAAAACCUGCCAAAUUUAUACUUCGACAACUGUCGGAACGGCUCCUGCGGGAAGAGCGACUCGAUGGUGUUCGACGUGAAGGAGGACGGAUCGGCUGGCGUAAACAGCUAUUUCAAGACGAAACUCAGCGGCAUGGCCAACGGCAUUAGUUUCGAAGAUAUCAACAGCGAGUACUAUACACCAACGGAAUUCUCAUCGGCUAGCCCGCACGGGUUGAACGUGUUGGAGGGAAUCCACAUAAAUUAUAUCGAGGAAACGGGCCCACCGGUAGAAUUGGAUUUAUUCCCACAUGAAAUCGCACUAUCGACACUAUCGCACUCGGCGGUACUGCACAAAUCCGAGAAGGACGGCAGCUCGCCGUCGGUGUAUAAAGACGCAGACCAUGCCAAGGUAUUUUUUAAAGGCUUCAGUUCCGAAGUUUUAGCCAAAGAGAAAAAGCCUAAAGAAAUGACAGAGAGCAUCGGUCUCCUCGCGACCAGCAGCAGUUUGCCAGAUUUACCGCGCGAAACAAAACUUUAGACGACUUUAAUGACGAGUGGUGCAGACAUAGAAGGAUGAACCUUCCUUUCUAUAAAAGCAAGAUUACAAUUGAGACGAGAAUGUACUGCCACUGGAUCAUUAUGCGAGAAAAAAUAUAUAGAAGUGCCUCUACACUGGUAAGUGAGAAUGCAUUCGUGAGGACGGACGGUGGUACCUUCCUUUUGUCUUUUUCUUUUUUUUUCCUUUUAAAAAAUGCUCCAUAAAAUAUAACAUAUACCUCUGAAAACGAUAAGAGAAGAACCGUCUAGACUAUCAAGGGGGAAAAUAUCUCUUUACCAACAUCGAUCGAAACUAUUGUGUGUGCGCGAGUGCCGUUUAAGAACAUAAAAAAAAAUCGCGGACAGUUUCCAAGGAUUUAUCCCGUGAUCUCGACGAUUAAUGUCCUUGCAAUCUGCCCGCCAUCACACUUUGUGCUUUUUAUUCAUUGUCAUUGUCAUCGGCCAACAUCAACGACAAUGAUCGACAAUUUUUAGAAAAUGAAUAUGGAACGAAACGUUAUAGUAUUACUGCCAAAUCUGUCGUAAGCCACAUUCAUCUAAAAGAUUACAGCUCGCAAAUCGAGAAAACCAGCAAAGAAGUAGAACUGACGCGCAUGUUAAACGGGUCUGUUAAUAAUUUUUACCUAGUUGUCAAUUUCACUGAAUUCCGACGAUACUGAAGAGAUCGAUCGAUUUACUUCUCUAUCCUCUCUUGUAAAUAAGUGUGCAAUUUUAUCAUUUGGCAAAGGCGUGUGAUAACAAUUUUUAAUGAAAGACUGAACCCUCGAUCGGCAUACGAGUCGACGGCGGUCAUCUACUGACCGUAGUUCGACAGAACUGUGCGUUGUUUACGUUGUUCCAUUAAGUUAGAUCAUAUUUUUUCCUUUGCAUUAUCAAUUUUAAUAUACAUAGAAGUAACAUCCUGACGGACAUUACUUUUCUCUUUCCAAUAUCCAGAUAUUAUCGUCACUUUGUUAAACCGUUUCCCGUUCAAGCAAGUAUCUAGUUCAAAGUAUAGCCAUGUGUGAACAUUUGAAGAAAAUCAGUUUGCCGAACAAACAAACGGAAGGAGUACUUAAAUAUAAUAUUUCUGAUACUAUAUAAAAUAUAUGCAAAAAGUUUAAUUAAAUCCUACGCUCUUCAAAUGUUACGUUCUUUCUGUUCGCGUCUUCCCACGUUAGAUUCAGAAUAUUUUAUUAAAAACAUCUAACUGGAAUCGAGUUUUGAUUAUAAAAAUAAUUGCUUGACAGUUUUAAUCACUCAUUAAAAUGACGCGCAAUGGUGAACCCUCUACAACUGGCAUUAAACAGCAUAUGCUAAUUAUGAUCACGAAGGUAUGAUAAUGAUUGUGUAACUUAUCUGCGAUUUGUUCGAACGGCCUAAGGGUUCCGAUUUCAGAUAAUUGUUUGUUCCUGUUUUUUUUUUCUUUCUUACAUAUAACAUUGAUACGAUCGCGAAGGGAAAACCGAGUAUGCUUGAAUUCUUGUCGAAUAAAAUGCAUGUUCUAUUCGAAGCUACGAUCAUCUCAUUCGGUUGUAUCUCAUUCUAUCUAAAAAAGCUUAGCUCGAGCAGAUAAGCUAACUUUUGUCCAUGCAGAGGGCAGAGCCUGUUGAUUUUAUAUUAUCUAUUUCGAUCUCACGAUACUUUAUCUUUGUGAUUAUCGAGAAAGAAGAAAAUAUAUUUGCCAGAACGAACAAUUAAAAAUCACGAGAAAAUUAUUUUUUUAAUUGUACGCAUAAUCUUCUUGUUAAUGCUGUAUAAUAAACGUUGAAAUUCUGUUCAAAUCGUGAAACGCGUUGUACAAUAAAAAUGGCUUAAUUUGAAAACGGAAA